ACGCGCUCCUCCAACGUCCGGAAAUAGUGUGCAGGUGCGUAGGUCCGACAGCAAAUCCCAAGAUGCCUGGCGUACUCGACACCCAUGGCGCGGUCGCGCCGUCGCGGAACGGAAAUGGCUACGCGAACGGAGCGCACGCUGGCGCAUCCGAUGGCCACGCAUCGAACCACGCAGACGCACAACAUUCCCUCCAAAAUGGUCACCUGCUGCAUGCGUGGUGGGAAGAGCCGAUCGCCGUGAUCGGUAUGGCUUGCAUGCUUCCCGGGGAGGUGGGACGAGGCAAUGUGGAUGUUGAAGGUCUUUGGAACAUGCUGCUCGAGCAAAAGUCUGGCGUGAAAGCGUACCCUGGACGCUUCAAUCGCGAUUUGCACGUCGGUACCAGCGUCGGCAAGGCACUUUCAGACAAGGGCGGCUUCUUGACAGACACUGACCUUUUCGAUCCGUUGGAGUUCGGCAUCGGACCCUCCGAGGCUUCCCGCAUGUCUGGAACUGCUCGCAUGAUGCUAGAGAUGGCCUUCUCGGCGCUACACGACAGCGGCAUCGACUACCGAGGAAGUCGAACGGCGUGCUUUGGUAUCGCAAGCGGUAGCCCUCUUGCUAUGCAAGGAGAAGAGCACGAAAUCAAUGAGCAUACGGCGCAAGGACAAGCCUACAGUCUCUUGUCGAAUCGCGUCAGUUUCCUGCUUGACCUCAGAGGACCCACAAUGACCGUGGACUCUGCAUGCAGCACCGGUCUCACUGCGUUGCACUUGGCUUCGGAGUCUAUUCGUCGCGGAGAGGUCGACACAGCCGUCGUAGUCGGCGCAAAUCUGACCAUGGACUGGACUUCGACGGUCGCCUUUUCCCAAAGCGGAGUGCUUUCUCCAGAUGGCAUUUGCAGAAGCCUAGAUGAUAAAGCUAGCGGCUACGUACGAUCAGAAGCAUGCGGUGCAAUUGUGCUUAGACGUGCCGACGUCGCUCGCAAGGCUGGCGAUCGCAUCCACGCAAACAUCCUUGCUACCGCUAUUGGCUCAAACGGACGUAAUCAGUCGCAAGCUGCACCUUCUGGACCAGCUCAGAUGCGCAUCAUUGAUGAGACUUAUGCAAAGAUCGGUCGCAAGCCUUCGGAGGUCGACUAUGUCGAGCUGCACGCGACCGGCACAAAAGUUGGUGACCCCAUCGAAGCCAAUGCUGCAGGAAAGACGUACUCGCAAGGCCGGCAGGGUCGGGAGCUGGUUGUCGGUACGCUCAAGGCCAACACCGGCCACACGGAGUGGGUCAGCGGUAUCAUGAGCUUGAUCAAGGUGUGCCACAUGCUUCGCACGGGAAUUGUUCCGCCUCAACCGAACCUCCAGACGCCGUCCCGCGCCAUCGACUGGGCGAGCUGGAAUAUGCGCGCGCCCACCUCCGCUGAGCCUCUCGGCAAGGGCGGCAAAGAGAAAUCCAUCAUCUCCAUCCAGUCGUAUGGAUUUGGUGGCGCUACUGGCCAUGCGAUCAUCGAGGCCGUCGCUGGUCAGCAAGCUGCGGCGAGCACCUCGAAUCAAGCCAGCUUCUCACUUUGCUUUGCCGGAGGUCUGACUCCCAGAUCUGCCAGUGCUGUCUCGAGCGAAGCGGCCACGCAGCUUCAGUCACACUCGCUGGAUGUGGCUGCCCUUGCCAGACAGACUCGUUCGAUGCCUUGCAGAAGCUUCGCGCUCGUCGAGUCAGAGACCGGUCGUCUCGUGACAGCCUUCAGCAAGCCUCGCAAUUUGGCACCGACAACCUUUGCGACCGAGCCAAAGCUUCUUUUCAUCCUCUCUGGUCAAGGACCUCAGCAUUUCCACAUGGGCCGAAGCUUGUACCGCGACUUUGCAGCCUUCCGCGAGAGCAUUCAAGCAAGUGACCGAGUUUACGCUCGCGUCACCGGCAAGUCCCUCUUGCAAGAGACGCAGCUAUUCCAGUGGAGUCCCUCGGCCAAGUCGGAGACGCUCGAAGGCUCAGCGCUUUGGCCGGCGAGCGUCGUGUUUCCAUCCAUCUGCAUGGUACAAAUUGCUCUUUUCGACCUCUUGAAAUCCUUCGGAGUCGUGCCAAAUGCCAUCGUAGGCCAUAGCGCCGGCGAAACGGCUGCUUUGUACGUCUCGGGCGCCGCACCUCGCGAUGUUGCCAUGGAGGUGGCCAUCGCCAGAGGUCAAAUCUUUGGGCAAUACAAGGGCAAGAUGGCCGCUGUUCACGCCACACGGAAGCAGCUGGACGAGCUCUUGCUGCAAGCUGCACAGCGCGGAGCACACGUCGACGUGGCCGCGUACAACGCCGACGGCGCCUUUUCGAUCUCGGGCUCCGCAGAGCGUGUGGAUGCAGUGGUCAAAUCUGCCCAAGAUUCUGGCAUAUUUGCCCGCGCACUUCGCACCGAGUCUCCGAUGCAUUCGGCAGCGAUCUCAGCGGCAAAAGACGUUUUCAUUCAAACCAUCGACGAUAUUUGGGCUCGUUAUGAUGCUCAGAUCACCUCCCCCCAGCUCCCACUCUUCUCGACUGUGACUGGCAAGCGAGUCGACAGGCGCCAGGAUGCCCAAUAUCUGUGGAGCAACAGUCGCGAAGCCGUUCAAUUUGUAGCAGCGAUUCGAUCAGCUCAAGCCUUUCUCGGCGGUGAGAGCGAGGCGGCGGACUCGUACACUACCAUCGAACUCAGCCCGCAUCCAGUCUUGUCUGCCUAUCUCGGCGAACUAGGUGUUGAGCACAUCGUUCCCGUGAUGGAAAGACGCAACAAGGCUCCUGCGACCUGCCCAGCGGACACGGAAGCUUUUGUCAAAGCGGUUGGAACUCUUUUCGUGAGCGGCCACAAAACAGUGCAGUACCACAGCCUCUUGUACGCCGAUCCUGCCGAGAGGAAGGAUCAAAAGUCGGUCAUUGCCUUUCCGUGGAAGAAGACACACUGGCCAGGAGACGUUCGGCCUGGGUGGAGCAGCCUCGCCGAUCAUCCGCCGCUUUACGCCCCUGAUGCUGCAGAAUUCAAGAUCAGCUGUGCGACGCAUCCCGAGCUGGCCGAGCACAAGGUCAAUGGCGCUCGAAUCAUACCUGGUGCAGCUUUCCUCGAGACUGGCCUCGAGCUAGACUCCAGCAUCAAUGUGAUCAGCGGCGGCGAAUUGCUCGGCGCUAUGCCAAUCGUGGAAGCUCGAGAGCGACCCAUCGAAGUCAAAGUGCAACGCGAUGGAGCGACGUAUCUGAUCACAAGCCGAAGCGGAGGAAGCCUGAAUGGCCCAUCCAAGCCCCACUUCAAGGGAAACGCUUACGCCGUCGACCCUCAAACGCUCAGCAGGCCACCAAGAAAGAACUUGGCGCAGAUCCUGAGCAGGUUCGAAAAGCACAUCGAUCAAGAGACAUUCUACACGCUCGUGGCCGGCACUGCAGAAUUCAACGGAGCUUUUCGCCGAAUCAACAAGUGGAGCGGCAAGGACGGGGAAUCUCUGGCGUAUCUCGAUGGGCUGCGUCCAAGUGAGCGUCAAGCCUAUCGCGUGCAUCCCUGCGUGAUCGACGCAGCUCUCCACUCCUGCGCCGCCGACUUUGCCAAGUUCUUGUCCCACAACGGUGCAGAAACGGUCGAGACGAUUCUGCCUCGUGCUUUUGACCGCGUGACUGUUUACGAUGCAAAUUUGGCAAGGCCAACCUUGAUCAGCCAUGUCAGACGCACAAAGUACGCACCGCACCAUUUGACGUACGAUAUGGACAUUUGCGAUGAGGAGGGCGAGGUGCUCAUCACUUUCGAGAGCGUUCACUGCCGCAAAUACACGACUCAGCCUGUUGAACCAAUCACGAAGCGCUACGACAUGGAGUGGCAGCCUGCAGAUCUUUUGCCGUUGGACUUGGCUCCUCCGGCAAGCGUGGCUCCACCGCCCUCUCGCGAAGAGCUGUUCGAGGCGUUGGAUCAACUUUGCAUCGAAUCCCUAGCUCGACACAUGCCCUCUCAGCCACCUUCUGCGGAUGCGAGCAUCGACCGAAAACGCUACUAUGCGAUGGCUCAACGAGCCCUUGCACGUCCCGAACGUAGCACUCACUUUCAGCCAUCACCGGGCACGUCGGAAGAGUGGACAGUGUACACCGAGAUGAUCCGUCGUCUGGAUAGCGUGCUCGCGGAUGUCUUCGCUUCGAAUACCGCUUCGCUGCCGGUCCUCUUUGCUCAUAAUGAUGACCUAAUGAGCCGAGCAUACAAGGCCAUGGCUCUGCACGACCGCACAUAUGAGCUUUUUGCCAGCGUGUUCGGGGAUUUCCUAAAGCAGUGUGCGGCUCAAGGCAAGCAUGUCGUUCGAGUCCUCGAAGUCGGAGCCGGCACGGGACAGCUCACGCGCUACCUGAACAGUGUCGUUCAGCAACUUGCCACAUAUGGCACAUCCGAGAAGCCGGCAGUCGAGUUUGUCAUCACGGACGUGAACGUGCAGCUUGCUGCCGAGGCGGCAUCGACGCUGACGCAAGACAGCGGUGUCACGCCUGCAGCCUUCAAUCUGUUCACGGGACAGAGCGGGCUGACCAAAGCAUCGGACAGACACUCCUUUGAUUUUAUUUGCAUGUCGAACGUGCUCCACAUCGCGGCAAACCUUCCCACGGCCAUGGUCAAUCUGCAAAAGUACAUGGCCCCCGGCGCAAUGGUGGGAGUGGUCGAGAUGGACGGUCGCGUGAAUGAGACUCAAGCUCCCGGAGCUCUUUUCAUCGACUACAUCUUUGGAAGCUUCAAAGAUUGGUUCGGAAUGGAAGAUCACCGCGAACACCCGACUCAAUCUGCCGGCGCCUGGCACAGCUUCUUCUCCCAGCACAUGGAUCGAGUCGCGCUAGUCGAGCCUGCGCACGAACCGACCCUGUCUCGCAACCUGGCCUUGUUCUAUCAGGAUUCUGGCGAGGUGCGCAAGCUGAUGACCAAGGAAAUUCAGCAGCUCACCCCACCGACAGAGAUGCUGCGACACGUCUUCUACUACGACGAGUCCGAGGUUGCGAAGCUGCAAAAAGAUGUCGAAGCUUGGGACCUCGCCAAUCAACGCGUCCACGUCACCAUCGCGGCCGCAGACGAAGGCGUUGGACAAUCGAUCCUGGGCCUGACGCGCUCUUUGCGAUCCGAGUAUCUGACUUGGCGCUUCACGACAGUCCUGUUCGAUCCUGCUCUGACGGCCGAGCAGCGUACCGUCAUACUCGAGUCGCCAGAUGUCUGGGCAGGCUCAGAGCUGGAGCUUCGUUUCGACGCUAAUGGCAGGCCUCAAGUCCAUCGAAUGGUCACCAUCGACCUGGACCCCGUCGCUGAGCACACGCCAACGACUUGGCAGCUCGAUCCACGUGCGCCCUCCGAGCUGCUGCCUGUCACGCUGGCAUCUCUCUCCACAUCAGAGGCCACAGUCAAUGUCAUCGCGACUGCGCCCUUGACAGACAUCGGAUGUGUCUAUGCUUUUGCAGGCGUCGUCACCUCGGAGGGCAAGACGUUCGACAAAGGCACGCACGUCGCGGGUAUUUGGGCAGGCAACCUUUCAAACGUGAUCAACGUUCGGAUCGCCUCUGUGGCGGUGUUGCCGAGCACGAUUCCCCUCGAGCGUGCUCCUGCGGUGGUCGUUGCUGCCUUCUCGGUGGGUCUGGCUUUGCAGUACGCCAUGGUGGAAGAUGGGCAAGCUGCGUCGGUCUCAGACGAUGCGGCUGUCUCUGCCAUCGCGAAUGGCUUGCUCUUGGCCAAAGGCUGGGCAGUCCCUGAAGGCCAGCACGACAAGCUCGAUCUGCUCAUUCGGCUCACGUCAACCGACCACCGUUCCAACCCGCUUCACCUCGAAGACGGAGUUGGCGUCGAGCUGGACUGUAACAUUGCCGACGCAAGCGUUGCUCAGCAAGGCCAACAUCGCAUCGGUCGUUUCGUGUCGGUCAAUGUGCCUCUCCUGGUGAGCCGCUCACCAGUGCGCAUCGGUCGUGUGCUAUCCGAGUGGCUGCCUCUUGCGCUUUCGACUGCGGUAGGGGAGACGCUCUCGCUAGACUCGAUCUCGACGCGACUCAUUGCGGACGUCGAGAAGAAUGCGCAGACAAUGCGGCAUUUCGCCUUUGACCCGUUGGCCACCUAUGUGCUGCUUGGUGGCUGUGGUGGUCUCGGGGCCGGCUUUGCGUCCGAGAUGUACAAUCUCGGGGCACGUCACAUCGUUCUGACUAGCCGCACCGGCCCCGCCCGCUUUGAGCGCGGGGACAUGGAGCGUGAAGCUGCUCUCAUCCGCUACCUGCAAAGCGUCCCCGAUCUCCAUCUUGAGCUCGUUGCGUGCGACGCAAUGGAUGAAGGCGCAACGCGCGCGCUGUUCGGACGCCUCACCAAUGUCAGAGGCAUCAUCUGGAUGCCGCUCUCCUGGCAAGGCGGCCAUUUUACCAAGGUACCCGACGCGCUCUAUCGCAAUAUGCGAGAGUCCAAGUAUCUCGGCCUAGAAGUUCUGACCCGCAUCGUCGAUCCGAAGCAGCUCGAUUGGCUGGUUGCCUGCUCGAGCGUCGCGUCUUGGAACGGCGCUGCUGCUCAGUCUGCUUACGCGGCCGCAUGCACAGCCAUGGAAGGUAUCGUCUGCCGCAUUCCCAACGCAGUUUCCAUUGCCAUUCCCAUCGUCCUCGGAGCUGGCCAAUUUGCUCGUUGGACGCAGAGCGUCAUCGAUGCGCAAGGAGGGAAGAUUCCCGGUUGGCUGAUCCAAGCGGCAGCCAAGACCGGCAUCAGCUUCACGAUGCAGAGCGUGCUGCAUCAGAUCAUCGACUCGAUCAACGUGCGCAAGCAGCGCAAAGUGAAUCUCUACAUUCCCCACGUCGACACGAGGCUGGUCACGGAUAUGCUGGGUCCCAACAACGCCUUUGCUCGUCACUUGGACCUUCGCACUGCAAGCGAAAAGGCUACCUUGCCCGGUGCCAAUGGCGCUCUGGAUCAGUCGAGCAAUCCGGUUGACAGGGUGAUCUCGCAAGCGCUCUGCAUCCCUUCGAGCGACAUCGACGACGACACACCACUGAGCAGCUACGGUCUCGAUUCUCUCUCUGCAGUCCGGCUCUCCUCUAUGCUUCGCACCGUCGGCGUCACCAUGACUCAGAUGCAGCUGCUCGGCAACGCUACGCCAAACAAGAUCAAGGCGUUGGCUGUCACUAGUAGCCCGGCGCCACAGUAGCGCAGGUGGGUGUCGCGG